AUGGUGCAGAUGGCCAUCUAUGCCUCCGAAAUGCUUUCUGUAGAGGGGCUGAUCAGGGAUCAUGGACUGGGCAUGCUGACCCAAGACGGUUGGACGUGGUUAUGGUAUUUCGACAGCGCGGGGGCGAUCCAAGCGCAGGGCUUCAACAUACUCGCACACACCGCAGACUUCGUGUUCAUCUUGAUGUUGCUCCAGCGCUUCAAUCUCCCGCAGUGGGGGUUCCCGCAGGGGACGAAUUCUGAGGCGAAACUCGACGUGGUUCGGGGUCUGCCCGAAUCGCGAGAUGAGACCCCGGGACCGGCUGGUCACACAAGAUUGAUGCCCGCUGCACCGGGAGCCAAGACUUUCGAAGUCGUUGGAACGGACAGGAAGGGCGUGCCCAAGACCAUGGUGGUGAAUCCAACGCGCGUCCUCUACAAGCCCUCGCCUGUCCUGAAAGGGCGUCGAACAAUGGUGCUUGAAGCGCAGGACCCGGACAUGCCUACAACGUCUUAUGUUGCGAAAUGGUCCUACCCCCAGACGACACGUCACAAUGAGGCCGAGACGAUAUGGAUAGCUCGCGAAAUCGUCGAGGAGGUAGACAAAUCUGCGCUGGGAGCGAUGACAGACGUGAUUGCAUUCAAGGACUUCUCGCAUCUAUCUACAAACACCAUCCGAGGCCAUCUCCGUCUAGUCAGUGACCCCACACAGUCGCUCAUCGACGCUGAGCACUACGGGGAGCGCAUCCUGCGGUGCAUCUUCGAGGUGGAGUUCAAGCCAUUGACGUAUCUGUCCGACCUUGAGUUCGUGCGGGGCAUAAUCAAUUGCAUUCACUGCCAUAUGAUUCUUUGGAUCGGUAACGGCAAGUACAGAGUCGAACACACCGACGUCAGCUUUUGGAACUUGGGCGUUUGCCCGUUUUCGCUAUGCAUCAGGCUGCGCGACUUCGACCUUGCUCGUGUGGUGGUAGCCGGCCAGCCAAGCAAACCUCAAGGUUCGGAGAGGACGGGCACCGUUCCCUUCAUGGCGCUUGACCUCUUGACGGAGGCCUAUUGGAAUGGUCAACGCGAGCGACUCUAUCGCCACGAUCUAGAGGCAUUCGUGUGGGUCGCGAUGUACUUCGCUUGGGCUUUCGACGACGAGGGACUUGAAGACCUGACCUCCCCGGUCCAAGUCUGGCUGACGGGCGACUACGACCAAUGCAGACUAGCGAAAGGCGACUUCCUCAGGACCCGGGCGGGAGAGCUCCCAGAUUGGAUGACGAGCGAAGACACCCCGCUGGGAUACGCCCUGUCCUUUGCCAGGAUGAUUUCUCAGUGGCUAGUGGGAGAGGAGGCACAGCGCCGGAAGGCUGCAAACCCAAAGGUCGACGUUCUAGAUCGAUUCGCCAAGAAGAACCACCUUUCCCGAAGUCGUGGCGAUGAACUUGAGGAAGCAAAGCAUGACUUCGAACUCUUCUGGGCUGAAAUCGAGGCCAUUCACAGCGCAGUCAAGGAUGUGGAGCCAACGCCCGAGCGGGUUAACUAUUACAUGGAGCGAGAGAAGAAGAUCACGGCGAUGAAUACACAGCGCGAGGCGGAGGAGGCCAAAUUGGACAGAGAAGCGAACGCGGAGGAAAGGGAACGGAAGAAGGCUAAGAGGGAGGCGGAGCAGGAGGCACGCAAGGAGCGCGACCGGAAUAUGCAGCUGAGGCGCAAGGUAAUUUCUGCAUUGUAA